AUGAGAUUAAACAAUGCUGCUUCUUCCUUUCCACCUUCAUCCUGUAAAUUGCAAAAGAAAUUUGAUCUCAAUGGCAUACACAGGCCUGGGGAUGUAAUUCUGGGAGGGUUAUUUGAAGUCCAUUACAGUUCUGUAUUCCCUGAGCGGACGUUCACCUCAGAGCCAGAUCAGCCUAACUGCCGUGGAUUGGACACCCCUGGAUUCAGACAUGCCAUGACCAUGGCCUUUGCUAUUGAUGAGAUAAACAAGAAUUCGAAGAUACUUCCUAAUGUGACUCUGGGAUACAGCCUUUAUGACAAUUGUGCUACACUUGAGAUUGGGUUCAGUGCAGCAUUGUCAUUAGCCAGCGGUCAAGAGGAGCAAUUUUGGCUUCUGGAGAAUUGUUCAGGGACCCCUUCAGUUGUGGGGAUUGUGGGUGAUCCUUUCUCCACAUUUUCUAUUGCUGCCUCAAGUGUUCUUGGUUUAUUCAAGCUUCCUAUUGUGAGUUAUUUUGCCACUUGCUCCUGUCUGAGUGAUCGACAGAGGUUUCCAUCCUUCUUUAGAACAAUCCCAAGUGAUGCUUUCCAGGUCCGUGCUAUGAUUCAGAUUCUAAAACACUUUGGCUGGACAUGGGUAGGUCUGCUAGUCAGUGAUGAUGAUUAUGGCCUCCAUGUUUCCAGAUCCUUCAAGUCUGACUUUCUUCAAUUAAGUGGAGGUUGUUUGGCCUACUCAGAGAUUUUACCUUGGGAAGAUCAUCCAAAUGAAUAUAAGAAAAUUGUGGAUCUGAUGGCCAGAUCCACAGCUCGUGUUGUCAUUGUGUUUGCACAUCAAAUACACCUGAUUCAUCUCAUGACAGAGGUGGUGAAACAAAAUGUGACAGGCUUGCAGUGGAUUGCCAGUGAAGCUUGGACAGUAGUUGGUGGACUCCAUACCCCUGAAUUUAUGCCAUUCCUUGGUGGAACACUAGGCAUUGCCAUCCGACGAGGAGAAAUACCAGGCUUUAGAGACUACUUGUUAAAAAUUAAUCCCGCAGAACAGAAUAGUGCAAACAACAUGGUGAAGCAGUUUUGGGAAGAUACAUUUCACUGUAGAUUUUCAGCAGACUGGUUGGAAGAUGGUGGGACACUUUGCACUGGAGAAGAAGAGCUUAGGAAUGCUGAGACUGAACUUUUGGAUGUGACUGAACUCAGGCCUGAGUAUAAUAUUUAUAAAGCUGUGUAUGCUCUUGCACAUGCCCUUGAUGACAUGCUGCACUGUGUUCCAGGGAGAGGACCUUUUAUUGGGCACAGCUGUGCCACUUUGCAAAAAUUAGAGCCAUGGCAGCUGAUGUAUUACUUGGAAAAAGUCAAUUUCACAACUCCAUUUGGUGAUCAAGUAUUUUUUGACGAGAAUGGUGAUGCCUUACCUAUCUAUGAUAUCAUGAACUGGCUGUGGCUCCCUGAUGGAAGCACUAAAGUUCAGAAUGUGGGUGAGGUUAAGAUGUCAGUUUUCAAAGGUGAAGAAGUCACACUUGAUGAAAACAAAAUCUUCUGGAACUUUAAAUCAAAAGAGCCAACUACAUCAGUUUGCAGUAAUAACUGCCCUCCAGGAACACAUAUAGCAAGGAAGCGGGGAAAGCCUGUGUGUUGCUAUGACUGCAUCCCUUGCUCUGAGGGAAAGAUCAGCAAUAACACUGAUUCCUUAGAGUGCACCAGUUGUCCAGAGGACUUCUGGUCAAGCCCCCAGAGAGAUCACUGUGUUCUUAAGAGAACAGAGUUCCUCUCCUACCAUGAGCCCCUGGGAAUCUGCUUGACAACCACCUCACUGUUGGGCACAUUUAUCUGUACUGUUGUUCUAGGAAUUUUCACAUAUCAUCGCAGCACACCUAUGGUGCGUGCAAACAAUUCAGAAUUGAGCUUUCUGCUUUUAGUGUCACUUAAGCUGUGUUUCCUUUGUUCACUGUUAUUCAUCGGAAGACCCAGACUUUGGACAUGCCAACUGAGACAUGCAGCAUUUGGGAUCAGCUUUGUGCUUUGUGUCUCAUGUAUCCUGGUGAAAACUAUGGUUGUUUUGGCUGUGUUCAAAGCCUCCAAGCCAGGAGGGGGAACCAAUCUUAAGUGGUUUGGUGCUAUGCAGCAGAGAGGGACAGUUCUGGUUCUUACUUCCAUUCAAGCUGCAAUCUGCACUGCCUGGCUUGUCUCUUCCUCUCCAACUCCACAUAAAAACACCCAAUACUACAAUGACAAAGUGGUGUAUGAGUGUGCUGUUGGGUCUACAAUUGGCUUUGGAGUGUUACUGGGUUACAUUGGUGUGCUGGCUUUCCUUAGCUUUCUGCUAGCAUUUCUAGCCAGGAAUCUUCCAGAUAAUUUCAAUGAGGCCAAAUUCAUCACAUUCAGCAUGCUGAUCUUCUGUGCCGUGUGGGCGGCCUUUGUCCCUGCUUAUGUAAAUUCUCCUGGAAAAUAUGCAGAUGCAGUAGAAGUAUUUGCCAUCUUGGCCUCAAGUUUCGGGCUAUUGGUGGCACUGUUUGGACCCAAAUGUUACAUAAUUCUGCUGAAACCAGAGCGAAACACAAAGAAGGCAAUCAUGGGUCGAGAGACCACCAAGCCAUAA